UCAUGUUUGCCUCUUCACGCCGCGACUUUAGGGGGCGCUCUGACGUCAGAUCAGCGUCAAACUGACGUAAACAAACGAAGAAGAAACAACAGCGGCUGCUUCGGGUGACAUUGUGAAUGGCAGCGUCUUCGUCCUCGUCCUCGGCUGGAGGAGUCAGCGGCAGCUCGGUGACCGGAUCCGGCUUCAGCGCUUCGGAGCUCAUCCCGCCCAGAAAAGUGCUCUACACCUACCCUAAAGGAGCUGGAGAGAUGAUGGAGGAUGGAUCUGAUAGGUUUUUAUGCGAGUCUGUGUUCAGCUAUCAAGUUGCAUCCACACUGAAGCAGGUUAAACAUGAUCAGCAGGUUUCGCGGAUGGAGCGUCUGGCUGGACUGGUGGAGCAGUUGGAGGCAGACGAAUGGAAAUAUAAACCCAUCGAGCAGCUCCUGGGAUUCACAACCUCAUGACUGCAUUCAGAACGGACGGAUCAGUUUCUCCGCUUGUAAACAUAUUCAUUGUUUUUUUUCCCCAUGAAAUGAGCUGAAGUUCUUAUGAAUGUACUGUAGGUGUACGUUGUUUUGCACUGGUUUAUAAUCACCAACAUUGAGUGUUUGUGAUCAUGUGUGUAAAUAUGUAUUGUGUUUUUGGAUACAGUCUUAGGAAUACUUUAAAAUAACCCCAUGUUUUCACAGUGAGGAUUUUUACAUGUAUGAACUCUGAAUACAUGUACAAUAAAAGCCUUUUGAAGCACAA